AUGCGAACGCUUCUUGCAGAGGUCAAAAAGCUCCUGACCGUCAUUGAGGACAUCCGCAUCGAAGAGGAUCAGUUCAAAGCUGGGGGCGAGCCGAUCGCACAUAUCCGUGGCACUGUCAACAAUCCGAAAUCUUCCCGCGGGACGCUCUUCGUGCUCACCAACAUCCACUACAAGUCAGGCAAAGUGGCGCCCGUCUCGACCGUGGACCUUGCGGGCUCCGAGGAUCCUGCGGUCAUGGUGAGCGGCUUUCUCCGCUUUAUCAAUCGUGAAGGCCAGGACAUCCCAUCACCUAGCCGCAUGCUCUAUGCCCUAGGCCCCAAACGAACCUGA